AUGCCCUUCUUACAGACCUUGGCCUCAUUGGACCUCAUCCACCGAAACGCGCAGGGCUACGAGUCAAGUCUUCGCACGAGAGAGCUUUACGGCGAGGUAUUUGGGACUCGCGUCCCAGCCUACAUCAUCUUCCACGCAGUCUUCGGCUAUGUCACCCUCGCCAUCGGACUACUCGCACUUUUCUUACGAAUCCCUUGGAAGCCAAUAUCACAAUGGAGAUGGCUACACUCGUAUCUGGGCAUCGGGUGGAUCAUCACUACUACGUGGAUGGCCUUGACUGCGAUCUGGUGCAUAUACCUAUGGUCGGGUUGGGAUAUUGUCGCCUUCUCCAUCUUCUCCAUGUAUGGGAUCGUGCCCAGUGCCAUUGAUCUUGCGUGGAUAUGUAUUCGGAUCUGGAAAAUCGGUGCUGCGAAGGAAAAGGUCGAGCUGGCUCCCCUCGCACCACAAGGAAGGAGGAAGAGACUACUUCUGUGUUGGAAGAUAGCGCACGCGGCUACUCAUGGCCUACUCGGUGAUCAUGCUGCUAGGCGCCGGUAUUUCUUUCCCUAUGCGAUAAGCAAGUCCUUGCCUCUAUGA